UAGGAAAGCUGUCGCUACAAUAAAUGUCUCCCAGGGACUCUCAGUGUGCUCUUCCCCACCUGCCUCCACCAUUCGACAAAUUACCACCUUUAACAGAAACAAUGGCCCAGCAUCAACGGAUCAGCCUACCAGCCAAGCUGAUCAAUGGAGGCAUUGCAGGCAUGGUGGGGGUCACCUGUGUGUUCCCGAUUGACCUGGCCAAGACGCGCCUGCAGAACCAGCGCAGUGGCCAGCAGGUCUACAAAAACAUGUUGGACUGCCUGAUAAAGACGGUGAAAUCUGAAGGGUACUUUGGCAUGUACAGAGGAGCCGCCGUGAACCUCACGCUGGUCACCCCUGAGAAGGCCAUCAAACUUGCUGCUAAUGACUUUUUCCGCCACCAACUAAGCAAAGAUGGUGGCAGGCUAACAGUGUUGAAGGAGAUGCUGUCCGGCUGUGGUGCAGGAAUGUGCCAGGUUAUCAUCACCACACCGAUGGAGAUGCUUAAGAUCCAAUUGCAGGAUGCAGGCAGGCUAGCGGCUCAGCAGAGGCUGAUCCCCAGCAUGGCGCCUGCUCUGAAGCUUGGAGCAGUGCUCAGCCGCUCCUACAACACCAACCCGGCGCCUCACGUGGUCCGCGUGUCCGCCAUGCAGAUCACCAGGGAGCUGCUCCAGACCAAGGGGGUCCCGGGCCUCUACAGAGGUCUGGGGGCCACUCUGAUGAGGGACAUGCCGUUCUCGAUGGUGUAUUUCCCCCUUUUUGCCCAUCUGCACCAGCUCGGACGCCACUCGCCUGAAGACCCCGCCGUGCCGUUCUAUUGGUCGUUUGUGUCCGGAUGCUUAGCCGGUUCCAUCGCUGCCGUGACUGUCAGCCCAUGCGAUGUGGUCAAGACAAGGCUCCAGUCCCUCAAGAAAGGAGCGAACGAAGAAACCUACAACGGAGUAGUGGACUGCAUCAGAAAAAUCCUGAGGAAGGAGGGCCCCGGGGCCUUCCUGAAGGGGGCCAGCUGCCGGGCGCUAGUCAUCGCCCCUCUCUUCGGCAUAGCCCAGGUGGUCUACUUUGUCGGGGUGGGAGAGUUCCUUCUGGGGUACACACCUCAGAGCAUCUGCUCUUCGUGAGCCUUUCUUCUCUACCUCCUCGGCAGGUUGGCAGGCAGCUAUGCAACGGGACUAGCUGUGGGCCCAGCUAACGUUACUUUACGUUUGCUCCUUUUUGUUUCCUACCUUAUUAUUGUACAAGGCUAUUUGUGCUGAAGGGGUCUCCGUGGUACACGUCUAAGGUGAAGAAUGGCUUCAAACCCGUGCUCCUGUAGCAGGACACGCCAUGUUGUUUAGCCCUUUGUUUUGCAGGAACUUGCAAGUUACAUUUGUUUGGGGAGCUUAUUGUAAGGAAUGAAUCAUUGUUAAUUCCUUAUGUACACAGUUUUCCCUCAAUGAGGGAUUGUAUUGUCCAGCUUUUCCCAAAUGUUCCUUGUUGUCAGGAUGAAUAAACUGUGGCUUGUGGUGCUCGGUUUAGCUCCUUACUGCAAAUAUAAUCCAUAUCUAUUACCCCUGCUGUGUAAUGACAUCCUGUGUAGUCUUCGAGAAAAUCUAAUUUAGUCACCACUACAAGGUGGGGUGUCAAUAGAAAGAUGGAGGAAGUAUGCAAUGGGUUGUUAUUAUUAAAUAUAAGCAGAGGUGGCAUAAAAGUUCUUAAAUCCCCAAUCCUGUUUUAAAGGGUUACUGUAUGAAUGAAUGUCAAUUUAGCCUAUCGUUUAUAUGUACAUAGUGGGCUUUUUUUAUAAAGUAAAAAUACUUGACAAAACAAAAAAUUCUCGGUUAUGAAAAGUCAGAAGAAGGUGUAUUGUCUCUAUAGCGGUAAUAACAGGUCCAGUCAAAUAACGGACUAGUAAGAUCUUUUGACCAAACUGGACCCUAUCGUGUGGAAUUUUGUUAGAACAUACUUGAAGUCCUUGAAAAUUAUUAUGAGAUUAUUCCCAAUUCAUGCAAAGAAUAGUAGGGAAACAGUGUAAUUUCUAUGUAGACUUAAUUAGGCUGUACUUGUUGGGACCUGUUUCACUAAGGAGGGUUAAGUAAAUGUUUAUUCAGUUAUUCAGUAUUUGUGUAUUCCAAUUCCCGGAACACAUAAAACAGUUAGAUGGUUCUGCUCAAUGAUUUUAUACAUCCUAGGCAUCGUUCUUAAGCAUUGGUCUUUAUAAAACUGGUGUAGAUUUUGAUGACAUUUUUAACCAUAGGGUUCUUGGGUUUGUGCUCCACUGUCUAAACUGGCGGAAAAUAAACUUUUCAACUGGAAUUAA